UCCUGUCCUGCAGGUGGCAGUGCAGUCUAAACGGGAACGCUGAGCGACGGCUAAUGACAGCAGCUAACCUUACAGCAAUUUCCCUUGUUUUGUUUAUUAAAGAAGGAAAAUGGACAACUCUCUUGCCUCUUAUAUUCACAGGUACACCGUUAUCGCUUUUUAAUCGGGAGGCAGAGCUCUAGCUCCGGUUACAGGUAUGAACUCUCUGGUUGGAUACGGAGUGUCCUCCGACUCCGACAGCGAUGGCGUUGCAGAGGAUGUAAACAGUGGCAAAGCUGGCUGUGGGAAAACUUGUGAAGAGGAAGCGCCUUUUAAAAAGACCCGCAACUUUUUGCUGGAGUCUGGUUCCGCUUCCAGUGAAUCGGAGGCAGAGGACGAGGAUCCAGAGCCCUCACCACCACCUACGUCGGCAGCCCGCCCUUCCAAACUGCCUACUCCUUCACUGGACUCCAUCACCUCUAAAAAACUGCCCUCUCCAGCGCUAAAUGCGUCAUCUGACAGCAGCGUGUUUGCCAACCCAUUUAAGGCUCAAGCAGACCAGAAGCUCAGCGCCCUGCAGAAGCACGUCCCCCUCACCAUGCAGGCCAAACCCUCCCAGAUAGGAGGUAAAAGGAUAUGCAUGUCCUACAGGAAAGAUGGAAGGUGCAGGUUUGGGAUCAAAUGUAAAUUUGCUCAUGACAGUGACCUCCAGAAGCCAGUCAUCUCCACUGACUGUCAUCCACCUGAGAGUGAAGAGACACCAGAAACUGGAGGCGGUUCAUCUGGCGGAAGGUCCCAGAGGGAAACAAAGGAGGAAGAGCCAGAAGGGCAGCAUGUGAAGAAGAAGAGGGUCGGACUGAGUGACAGCUUGAUUCCUCCUAAAAGAGCUAUGAAGCAAUAUACGAUGCAAAGGAACAGAGAGCGAGCCAAUAUGUCCUGACUCACUUCUAGUUACAUUACGUCUUCCAGACACUUUGAUUCAAUACUACUUAUAUCCCACAUACAGAGUAGGAGCCUGCCUAAUAAAAUUUAAACACUCUGAUGCAAAGAGUUGGGGUUUGAACCACCAACCACACUGCUAAUGGCUCUAACAACUGGACUGCUGCUCCUGUUGAAAAGAGGAAACUGGAGGGCUUUCAGAGCACAUUCAAUAAAAAACACUUUGGAUAAAUGUUAAGAUGUUUAUUUACAACUUUUAAGUGGACUGUUUGCUCUAACACAAAUCUAAUGUGAGAGAUCAGAGAGAUGCCGCUGACACAUAAAGUUUCUACAUAGCUUUGCUUAUCAAAUUACAUUAAACAAAUCUUAUUGACAAAUCAGUGCUUGCUGUUGAUAGGCUUACAUUUGAGUCGCAGUGUUCAAGGGUACAUUUCAGCUCCUAAAAGUCUUGUAGAGUUAAACUAUAGGGGUUAUCAUUUCCUUCAAAGCUGCACUAAUGUCAUUAAAAAAAGAGACAAAAUCUGGAAUAUGCACAAUCUGUAAAUUUUGGUGUCUUUUCCAAGUUUUGAAAUGUCUUUUUUUGUAGAUUUAGCUGAUUUCUAACCUUGUUAAAUAAAAAGUGUCACAGGAAA